CAGGACUACGAAAGGUGGAGCGGCAGCAUGGCGGCGCCGGGAGCUGGUGACCCUGUGGAUGAUGCUAAGAGUGGAAAGGCCCCAUUCGCUCAGCGCAUCGACCCGACUCGAGAGAAACUGACUCCAGCGCAACUGCAAUUCAUGCGGCAGGUGCAACUGGCCCAGUGGCAGAAGACGCUGCCACAGCGCCGAACCCGGAACAUCGUGACCGGCCUAGGCAUCGGGGCCCUGGUAUUAGCUAUUUAUGGUUACACCUUCUACUCGGUGUCCCAGGAGCGUUUCCUAGAUGAGCUAGAAGAUGAGGCCAAAGCCGCCCGAGCCCGAGCUCUGGCAAGGGCAUCAGGACCCUAAUCUGGAUGAGCAUUGCACAACGCCACCCUGCUGGAGCUUCGUAUAGUGGUUGAUGCCCCACACCCCUGUAGAAAUUGAAGCCUGCUCA